AUGAUCGGAAGCUACCUUCGCGGCACAUUAUUUUCCUCGCCCUCCAAGCAACAGUCUUGUUACUAUGCUGUAUCAAGUAACGACUCAGAGGAACAGCUCGAUGAUACCAAAGGGCUGGACAGACUCCCACCAGCCCAAACAUCACGAAAAAGAACUUGGCUCUUCAUCGGCCUUAUCUUGGUCGUAGUUCCGCUUGCAGCCGUCUUUGGAUCCCGACAUCUCUUGAAGGAUGUGGCCAAGAAACCGGAAUCAUUUGUUCCUGCUGUCAAGACGCAUAGCGUAGUAUUCGGCUUAGAUGAACUGUUUUCCAGUCCUCCAUCUGAGGAGAGCAAUGCUGCCUGGGACAGCUUAAUUCCAGAUGGUCAUGGCUAUGUCCUUGUACCUGCCGCCGAAAAAUAUGGUCUCAAGCCAGGAAUCAGCACUGACGAAGGUCCAGACCGUUACUCUGGAAUGAUCCGCCUCCUCUUUUACGAAAUGGUAUCUUUUGGCAACCGAACAGCCCAUUUUCAUAAACGUCAGCUAGAAGAUUCGCACAAAGAGCAUCAUCCAAAUGGGCAUGGCGGCCAUCAUGGUGGUGGCAGAGAUAGAGAGCACGAGGUUCAGGAUCCCAUUCCAGACCAUGUAGAGCACUGCUUCGACUACCUGCGGCAGUCAAUCAUGUGUGCUGGAGAUAUGACAAUCGAGCAUGCUCGAGAGCCACCGCUUGGAGGCAAGCGUGAGACGACGGAUGGCUGGGGUGUUGAGCAUCAAUGCAAGGAUUGGAAUGAAAUGGUUCAUUGGACGUUGGAUCACAGGGCGAAGCAUAGUUUAAAGGGAAUCCUUGGAUGA